GCAUUUAGAAAUGAGAACACCUGGACUAAUUUUUAUGGAUAGAUGGAAAACAAAGGAUUAUUAAAUAUGAUUAAAAAUGGAAACAGAGAUAUGAAAAUCAACAAGAUCAGAUUAUAAGUAGUCACACCUUUCUGGUUAUUUGAAAAAAAAAUCAUUACAAGCUCAAAGCAAACAAACUUGUUUCCAGAAAAAGUUUGGUUUUUUGCAAGAAAACCAAACUUUGCUAUAAAAAUGAGGAUGUGCUGGUUCAUAACAACUUUAGCCAUCAUUGCUUUCUUUCUUUCCCCUGCUUAUGCUUAUGAUCUCAAUCCUCUACAAGAUAUAUGUGUUGCAGUUAACGACUCUAAGUCUUCGGUUUUAGUGAAUGGAAAGUUUUGCAAAGACCCGAAGCUUGCAAGCGCGAAUGAUUUCUUUGCUUCAGGUCUUAACGUUAGUGGAAAUGCAGUGCCUCAGUUAGGUUUUGCUGUAAAUAUUGUGGAUGUAAACAAUAUGCCUGGACUCAACACUCUUGGUAUUUCGAUUGUUCGUGCUGACUUGGAACCACAGGGUCUAUCUCCACUUCACACGCAUCCUCGGGCUACUGAGCUUAUAACUAUCCUAGAGGGUACUAUCUAUGCAGGAUUUCUUCUCCCUAAUGCUGCAAACAUCUUUAAGAGUCGUCUCUUCUCCAAAAUCAUGAAUCCUGGCGAUGUGUUUGUGAUUCCACAGGGGCUUAUUCACUUCCAGUAUAACGUGGGACACAAAAAUGCUACUCUGCUUGCUUCUUUCAAUAGUCAAAAUCCUGGAGUCGUCAUAAUUCCUAAUACAAUCUUUGCUUCAGAUCCACCUAUUCUGGACGAUGUUCUUGCCAAAGGCUUCCAGCUUGAUAAGAAAGUGAUUGAUGAACUUCGAAAGAAAUUCUCCUAGAAUAUGACAUUAAAAAUAUGAUUGUGUGCUUACUGAAAGUUGUUUGGAAUAAUACGUUACUCUCUAAUUGGACACUGUUCUUUAUAUUUUUCCAGUUUCUGGAUGAACUUUUUCAUUCAUAGAAGUUGACAU